AGAGUUCUGCCAACAGAAGUCCAAAACGCUGGAGCGUCACGUGAAUCAUGGAGCCCUCGAUUAUUCCAGGAAGUAAUGUUUUCUCUGUGAAUACUUUAUUUCUUUCAUUUUUUUAUUCAUUAAAUGACUUUCGACUUUAAAUUGGUAAGACGUUCCUGCUGUAAAAAAAAAAAAGUUCCAACAUAGAUGACGGAACUCUCUCUCUUUCCAUGACUAUAGGACACACUUGGCAAGUCAUAAAAAUGUGCACAUUUUCUCCAUCACUAAAAUGUGCAACACUUUACUUGUUACUAUCGACUUAAUUCAUAUAUUGGAAAGUUUUCCAUGACACAAUUUUGUGCCACAUUAGUUUUUGAACAUGAUGCAUGAUGGUAUUUCACCCAGAAAGGGCCUAAGUGUAACUUUUUUUAACACAUUUUAGUGUGACAUUCUUGAUUUUAAGUUUUUGAACGCAGGUUGAACUUAUACUGUACAUGUAAGAGGCCAAUACAUAUCUCAUUUUCAGUUUCAAUUAUUGCAAAAUGAUAAAUGAAGCGUUUGAUACAUUUUUCUGUUAGUUAAAUAUCACAUUCAUGUACAAUUUCUCAACUUGAAAUAAGUGUAUAUUGUCUAAAAACAACUACAAUGGUCUUUUUUGAGAACCUGACACUCUCACAUUGAAAUGCUGACGGACCCUUGCUUGCUGUUGAAUCAUCAGUGAUGAUGUCAAUAGAUUGUAUUGUUUUCUAAUAAAACUAGGAGAGAUUUAGCGCAUUUAGUGCACUGAACUUUGACAUUAUAAAAUCCUGAGGCAGAAUGUCUCACUUCUUAUCACGUCCACGCACUCACAAACUGCACGAGUGAGUAGUUAUUUGAUUUUCGACAGACCCAUUGCCUGAAAGAGACGCUUACUGCAAAACCUAAAACGCGCGAGGUCACUUUUUGGCCACAUCGAGGAGCCGUAGAAGCCGUGCCUAGUAACGCGCGUUGUCAUGAAGACACUGGCAAGAAAAUGUGCAUGUCUCUGAUAUGUUUACCUUACUGCAUGCACACAAAUAUAUCAGUAAACGCGAUCAACGACUUAUUUUCUAACAUGCAUUUGAAGUUUUAAGAUCGAGGUCACAUUUCUUUAAGUGUGUCGACAUGAACCUUCAUUUUAUCGGGGUGGAGUUUAACUUUUUUGGCUUUGUUGGGAUUCAUCUGAAUCAUCGGGAUGUCUAACGUUACCGGGUUAACGAUUGCAGAAUAAGGUAAUCGUUGAAAAAUAUAUUCAAGAUACGAUUUUUGUUGGUUUUUAUGACAAUAAAGAAACCCGAAAACGUUUUAAAUAAAUCCAAAUAAACGCACAACACAUUAUUGUUUGCCCAAUCUCAUACGUGUGCAAUGUAUACCAUACUUACAAAUAAAUAAACAUUUAACUGUUAUAUUUUCCUCAAGAAUCGAGUCUUGGGGUGGUGGUCUGAGGUUCCACCCAUAAAACAUUUAAAUCCAGGCCAAGUGAAUUUAAACAUCACAUUGCCUGUGUCUUUUGCUAAAAAAGUUUGUGCAGUUUUGUAAACAAAAUUCAAGUUAAAUGAUGUCAUAUUAUAAGAAAUAUUUAAGGUGAACCUUUUUGUGAGAAAUACACAAGUGUUUUCUGUAUCAAUGGCCAUUCUGAAAGUCUGGGAGUGCUCUAUCAGGUUUUUGUCCCAUUGCCAUCCGCCGUCCACGGUUGCCAUGGGUACAGCAUCCUCUCUGGUAAGCCCAGGUGAGGUGAUUGAGGAUGCGUACGGCGGGGAGCGUGGAGAAGCCUGUGAGAUACCAGUGGAGGUCAAACCAAAGGCCCGACUGUUGCGGAGUUCGUUUCGACGUGGUCCUCGUGUCAUCGGUGCCAGCUUCAAAUCCACGGGAUCGGUGGAAUUGGAGUAUGCCGCCGAGUAUGAGCGUCUCAGGAAAGACUACGAGAUCUUCAGGGUCAGCAAGAACAAUGAGAUCACCUCAAUGCAGAAGAAAGAGGCCAAGCUGGAUGAGGAGAACAAGAGAUUGCGUGCUGAGCUGCAGGCUCUUCAGAAGACGUACCAGAAAAUUCUCAGAGAAAAGGAAAGUGCCCUGGAGGCAAAGUAUCAAGCUAUGGAGAGGGCUGCCACCUUUGAGCAUGACAGAGACAAAGUUAAACGACAGUUUAAGAUAUUCCGGGAGACGAAGGAAAAGGAAAUUCAGGACUUGCUUCGGGCUAAACGAGAUCUUGAGUCGAAACUUCAACAGCUGCAGGCUCAGGGCAUCCAGAUUUACGAACUGGAAGAUUCAGAUUCAGAUGACAAUCGGACCACCGUCACCACUGCAGGCACUCAGUGUGAGUUCUGGAGUGGUGGUGUGUUGGGCAGUGAGCCGUCGAUGGGCAGCAUGAUGCAGUUACAGCAGACACAUCGGGGUCCAGAGUUCGCUCACAGUCUCAUUGACGUGGAGGGACCGUUUGCAAACGUCAACAGAGAUGAUUGGGAUGCUGCUGUGGCCAGUCUUCUGCAGGUGUCUCCUCAUGUGUCUCAGUCUCUGUGGAGUAACACAGUCCGCUGCUACCUCAUAUACACACAGGAGACCAAAGCCGAGUUACAGGCCUUUAUAGAGACUCACUCUUUUAAGCUUCAGAGGUUUUGUGAGGGUUUAGGGCACUUUUAUCUGAAUGUGUCCUUUCCUGAGGAGAGCGCCAUUCUGUACGCAGCUGAACGCAGGCAGGAGAUCGAGAGGAGCUCUGUGUGUGUUCUGCUUCUCAGAUCUUCAGUUUCUAAUUGUGUUAUAGAGGAUGUGGAGGAAGCCUUUGUGAAAACUCCAGACUCUCGUCCUCUUGUGCUGUAUUUGCGGACUGGAGACAGAAAAGGUGAAAAGGAAGAGGUAUCCAACCUCAGUCAAGCCACCAGAGAACUGCUGGAAAGAGUGAACAAGGCUGACAAAAGUGCCAAACUUAAGGUGGUGGAUCAUGCAGGUUCUGCAGAGGAUGGAGCUGCUCUCAUCUUCUCUCAGUUAGAACAAAUCAUCAAACAGGAGUUGUUGGGGAUGGAGUUUGAGGAGACCGGGGAGGUCGAGGAGAGGGAAGAGGAAGACUCUGGUGAUGUACUGUGGGACCUUCAUGAUGAACAGGAGCAGAUCGAGGCGUUUCAGCAGGCCUGCAGUGCCGCGGCCAGAUACAGCUUCCAAAAAUAUGUUGAUCGACUCAAUGACAUGGUCGCCGCCCCACCGCCCACUCCACCGCUGCUGGUGUCCGGCGCUCCUGGAUCCGGCAAAUCUCUUUUGCUCGCUAAAUGGAUAGAGUUACAGCAGAAACACUCUCCCAACACCCUAACUCUCUUUCACUUCACUGGACGUCCUCUCUCCACCGGGGCAGAUCCAGUGCUCAUUAUUAAACGCCUCACAGUGAAGCUUCUCCAGCACUUCUGGUCUAUCUCUGGUCUCUCGAUGGACCCUUCCAAGAUCCUCGAGGAAUUCCCACGCUGGCUAGAACGUCUGUCUGCGCGUCACCAUGGCAACAUCGUAAUCAUCAUUGACUCGAUUGACCAAAUCCAGAAUGCCGAGCGUCAUAUGAAGUGGCUGAUUGAUCCACUUCCUGCUAACGUGAGGGUGCUGGUGUCAGUUAAUGUGGAGACCUGCCCACAAGCAUGGAGAUUGUGGCCAACGCUUCAUCUUGACCCACUUAAUCCCAGGGAGGUGAAGAGCGUCAUCAGCACAGAAUGUGUAAAUGCAGACAUCAUACUCACUAAAGACCAGGAAAAGAAGUUGGAGAGACACUGUCGGGCAGCUGCAACCUGCAACGCUCUCUACAUCUCACUGUUGGCCAGACUCAUUACACACUCCAGAUCCUGGACGUUGGAAAGGACUCUACAGCAGUGUGUGUCUUGUCAGGAUACGGUGUCGCUGUAUAGACUGGGCCUGAAGGUGGUACUAGACUCAUUGAACACAGAUCUGGAGAAACAUGUCUUGAGAGAGUUGCUGUGUUUGUUGUGCGCUAGUCACAACGGUGUGAGCGAAUCUGAGGCUUUGGAGCUAUUCACAGACCUGUGUUUUCCUGCGCUCACCUCAAUGCUUUGCAGCCUGCAGAGUUUGCUCAUAAUCACUUAUGCCUGCGGCCUCAUCCGCUUUCAGCAUCCACAGGCCUGUGAAGCGGUCAACCAGGAGUUUCUAAAUGAGGGCCGACAAUGUGGAACUUAUAGACAGACACUAAUUCAAUUCUUCAGCCGUCAGCUGGAACAAGACAGAGUCACAUGGCGUGUUGCGGAUGAGUUACCGUGGUUACUGGAGCAACAGGAAGACAAGGUUAAACUCCAGAUGAUUCUGCUUAACCUCUUUGUGUCUCAGAACCUCUACAAAAGGGGUCAUUUCUCAGAGCUUCUGGCAUACUGGCAGUAUGUGGGAAAGGACAAGAGUUCCAUGGCCACAGAGUAUUUUGACUCUUUAAAGGAGUUUGAGAAGACUUGUGACAGCGAGCAGAGCAUGUGUCAACUGGCCAACCUCUACGAAACACUGGGCCGCUUCCUGAAAGAUCUGGGAUUACUCAGCCAGGCGGUGGCCCCCUUGCAGCGUUCCUUAGAGAUUUGCGAGACGGCUCUAGACCCGGACCACCCGAGCGUGGCUCAGUCACUGCACCAACUGGCGGGUGUCUACGUUCAGUGGAGGAAAUUUGGAAACGCAGAGCAGUUGUACAAACAAGCGUUGGAGAUCUGUGAGAACGCCUAUGGACCCGAACACAGCACUGUGGCUAGAGAACUAGACUCACUUUCACUCCUCUACCAGAAACAAAACAAGUAUGAGCAGGCUGAGAGGUUAAGAAAGAGAUCAGUCAAAAUCAGACAGAAAACGGCACGCCAGAAGGGCCACAUGUAUGGUUUUGCUCUUUUGAAACGGCGAGCACUGCAGUUAGAGGAACUGACGCUUGGUAAAGACUCUGCAGAUUGUGCCAAGACUCUAAAUGAGCUCGGAGUUCUUUAUUACCUGCAAAACAACCUCGAUGCCGCAAAAGUGUUCAUGACGCGGUCGCUGGAAAUGCGUCAACGCGUACUGGGAGCUGAUCACCCCGACUGUGCCCAGUCUUUGAACAACCUGGCCUCGCUGCACAGCGAGCGAAAAGAGUACGAGACUGCAGAGGAACUGUAUGAAAUAGCCCUCGACAUCCGCAAAAGAGCCCUGGCGCCUGACCAUCCCUCUCUCGCCUAUACCCUCAAACACUUGGCCAUGCUUUACAAGCGCAGGGGGAAGCUGGAAAAAGCAGUUCCACUAUAUGAGUUAGCUCUUGACAUCAGAGAAAAGAGCUUUGGGCCCAAGCACCCCAGUGUGGCCACAGCUUUGGUUAACCUAGCUGUGCUUUACUGCCAAUUGAAGCAACACAGUGAUGCUCUGCCUCUGUAUGAGCGGGCGCUCAAGGUGUACGAGGACAGUCUCGGACGACUGCACCCUCGGGUCGGAGAGACCCUCAAAAACCUAGCUGUGCUCAGUUAUGAAGAGGGAGACUUCGAGAAGGCUGCGGAAUUGUACAAGCGAGCCAUGGAGAUAAAGGAGGCGGAGCCAUCUUUGGUUUGCGGUAAAGCCCCAUCACAUCACUCAUCCAGCGGAGACACAUUUAGUUUACGAAGCCCCGGCCUGCCUCAUACCACAAGGUGACACCUGUCCUUUCAAACAUAACUAAGGCUAUACAUUUGAACAAAAGGACUACUCGAGGUACAAACAUGGGUAGUCUGGGACUAGGCUCAAACCCUGUCCGGGAAACUGCCCUAUAGGGUAAUAAGGGUUCAAACUAAACAUUUCAGGAUUGUGGCCAUUCAUAAGGAGGUAUAUCAGUAUAAAGUAUAUCAGCAUGCCAUUAUCAUUUUAAGUGUACUCGUGUUAACAUGACAGUGUUAUUGAAUAUCUAUACAAUGCAAAAAUGUUGUUUUAGAACUUGCAGUUUCUUGCAUGUUUCUUUAAUAUACAAUGAAUGAGUGUAAUAUUUUAUAAAUAUUAAAUGUAUUAUUAAUUAUGCAAAUAUUAGUUGAGAAGUAUAUUUAUCAUUUCAUACAGUGUCAGUGUUAGCUCUAAUUGUAUUCUUCCUAUGCAGUUUUUUACAUUACUGUACAAAUAAAGGGAUCAAAUAUGGUCUUGGAAACCAUGUUAGAUGCCAAAGGUCAGAUGUGUGGCUAGUUGCAGCAAGCUUUCUGUCACUGCCCCAUUCAGUGAUCAGUCUGAGAAGUAGCUCAGAAUCAUGCCAAAAUCAAUGUAAACAAUGAUGUUUAUCAUUUCAGAAAUGCCAUAAUAUAUGAUUGCACAUUGUGCCAUUGUGACUGACAGGUGAACGUCUACCAUUUGUACCAUUCACCUGCUUUUGUAAAUACUGUCAAAUAUGUGGUAUAGAAUAGCAAUGCAGACUUCCCCUGGCCUACGACCUUCCUUCUGAAGACAGGGUCACACAAACCUGUUGACAAGAUCUUUCUUCUGAUAAACUUUGAGGGUGACCAAUAUUAAUAACAUGAAAUUUGGAGAUACAAGGUUUCCGCCGAACACUCAAACAGUGACUAUAUUUAUGUUUAGUUGUUUUUAGAGUAUACAGUUUUUUUGUCUUCAUAGUUAAAUAUCAUUAAUGUGAUUAUACCAUCAGUCAGUUUACAUUGAAGGAUAAGUGAUACAUUAAUAUUAUGAAACCAUGUAUGUGAAUGAAGGAUAAAUGAUAUUAAUAUUAUGAGACUACGUAUGUGAAUAAACACAGGGGAAAUGCAAAGUUCUCUUCUUUCUGAAUAUAUAAGCAGAUAUUUUAACAUAUUAAAUUGAAAGUUGCAUUGCA